GUUUUUCAGUUUUCGUGUCGAUCCUCAAUCUUCAUCAUGGCCGCGUGUUAUGCAGCGCGGGGGAACCUGGCUAUCUGGACUUCGACAACCUGCCGGAGACAAACUUCUCGUGUCAAGGAAAGGUGAUUGGUGGAUACUACGCGGAUGUCGAAGCGGGCUGUCAAAUGUUUCACGUGUGCACCAUCGGCCAGAAAGACGAGAUCAUGGAUAUAAAGUUCCUCUGUCUGAACGGGACCGUCUUCGACCAGGAAACCAGAGUCUGCGAGAGGGUCGACGAGGUCGAUUGCAGUAAAAGCGAGAGAUUCUACAAUCUGAAUCUGGAGCUCUACGGCAAUAACGCCGUGACGCUCAGCCUUCACGAGAAUGAUGAUGCCGACGAAGACGAUCUUACGGAUCGCCCAACGGAGGGCGAUCAUCAGGCACGAACGACCUCGGCGCGACCCAGCACAACUUCGACCACCUCCAGCCCCACGACUACGUCCCAUCCCAGCAAGUCGUCGUCCACCACCGUCGCGAGCGGUUCCUUCCAGCAUCCGGCCGGUUAUCCACAGCACUAUCAGCCCCAGCCGCCAUUCCCGCAAGUCCAUACGAGCCAGUCCAAAUCACUGUACGAUGACAAGAACGGCGGCUAUCAUCAUCAGUACAUCUUCCACAACGGCGGCGAGCGCGUCAGCAAUCAGGCCACGUCAUAUCAGCUGUUCAGCAGUCAGGGUGCCGUCAGCUCGACGACACCGUCCUCGCAGAUCCAUCCGCAGAUCAGAUAUAGCUCGACGGUGGGUCCAUCGCCGCAGAUCAUUCAACACAACGAACCGUCGACCGUGACGCCGCUGUAUCACUCUACGUCCUCCGCCACGAUACAGACUCUGCUUAACAGUAACGCUAACAGCCCGGCGGCCUUGAUCAACCCCCUCUUUCACAAUCACGGCAUCGCGAGCACCACCGAACAGUUUGCCGUGCACAGCAACAAUCCACGCGAGACCGCCGACUAUCGCGACGAGGAUGAUCGUGAAGAUAUAAGGCCACUGGAGGCGAUACAGCCGAUUAAUAAGGGAAAGGUGUCCAAGUUAACGAUAUCUCCGGUUCCGAGCCUGCAAGAAUCAUCUCGCACGGUGCAAACGAAGGCGAGUCAAACGUCGCAGCAGCAGAGGAUAUCCGACAACUUUCUGCCGACAUCCCCGGCCAGCAUCGAGACGACCAUCAGAUCGUUUUACCCGACGCCGAGACCUUCGCCGAAACCCUCGCAAUCGGUCGUUCAUCAGUCGGUUACCCAACGAGGGGGCAUUCACCGGGUGAAUUUGCCAGGCGUGACGGUGCCGCAGCUUAAGCCUCAUCAGAUUACUAUAAAUCUACCACCACCGGACAUUCAGAGGAUUGUGCAGAGUCCGUCGCCGCUGUUGCCGUCGCAAUCGCGAGUGAUCGUCACGGCGAAGGCGAGCGUGAGCGACGAGUCCGGCAGACCUUUGAACACCACGCAAUUGGUGACGUUGCCGUUGCCGACGAUACCGGCCAGCUAUGAUGACUACAAGGAGGGCGACGAAUCCUUCGAUCCAUUUUAUCGCGACGUCCCAAAGAUACCCAAGAAUCGUCAAGUGGCGAGGGACGCGAUGGAUAAGCGAUUCUCGCGUAGAAAACGAUCAAUUCACGGUCAAUUCUACCAUUUGAUCAACGGCGCGAAUAGUCGAGACGGGGAUUUUAAAGCGAUACGAAAGAGCGAAUCGCAUGAGAACGAGGAUGAAGCGACGAGCGUGGAAGAUACGCCGCGUACCGAGAUCGGAGAUUUCCGAGCUAUUAGGGAGAGUCUGAUGAAGUUUAGAGAUAUCCUAUUCAGCGACGAAGCGGAUGAGGAUGCUUAUCGCAAUACUGCUGAUGAGAUUGAAAAUACUAAACACGUCGCGAAAGAUAGCGAGAUUCUCGAAACAAAGGAUAUCGCGAUAGAAAAGGUAGAUGAUUUAGAAGAUUUAAAGACAGAUGCUUCGAAACAUUUAAUGCUAAAUGAAGAAGCAGACGAGAAAGAAGAUGAAAAAUUGAAAGAAAAAGAUAAAGAAGCAUACGAGAAAGAAGGAAAUCAAAAAUUAAAAGAAAAAGAUAAAAAAGUAGACGAGAAAGAAGAAAAUAAAAAAUCGGAAGAAGAAGAUAAAAAAGCAGACAAGAAAGAAGGAGAUAAAAAAUCGAGUCGUGAAGAUUUAUCUUCAAACAUUGAAACUAAUGCUGAAAAGUUGUUAGACAAGAGAAAACAUAUUAAAAAUACGUCGGACUCAGAGUCUAAAUUAAAAUUCGAAACUAACGUUGAAUUUACAAGCGCUCGUUUGAAAGAAAACAAAUCUCCGAAAGAUGAUAUAGUAAUAAUACUUGAUUCCGACAAUGACUUUAAGAUGGAAGUUACGAAUUCCGAUGUCGAGACAUCCAAGAUCGACGUUCCUCUCGAGAUUAUUAUUGAAAAAGAAAGUAAAUCCAACUUGCACAAUCCAUCGGAGACUGACAAAGAAGUUAUAAAUAACGGACAACUGCCAAGAUACUUGACAAAGGACGAAUCGGAAAAACGAUCAGGCUUCGAAACUGACGAAGAGAAACAACUGGGAAUUCCACGAGAAACAACCGAGCAAAAAAGCUCCAAGGAUUCUAGAGAAGAAAAGUCCGGUUUGAAAAGGAAAAUUUCUCGAGCAAGAUCCUCGAGGAGACGCUUAUCUUCGAAAAUAAAGCAGCAAAAAACGAACAAUGUCGAACUGACGGAAACAAUUUGGCAGAAAGAAAAAAUUGAUAAAACUACUACUAUUACUAGUGUCAUUACUACUACAUCCACUACCCCAUCUAUCGUAUCCUUCGAGGCGAAAGUUACGGAGCAAAUCGAUAGCCACGUUUUCGGAGGAUCAGAAUUGCAAACUUCUAAAGAAGUAGACACGAGGGCGAUUGGUCAACGCGACGCGACGUAUUCGAAGAGUUUGCAAGACAGCAAGAGCAACGACGUCGGGAGAGAUAAAGAGAUUGAGCAAUCGUUCAAUCAUCAAAUUAUAGAGGAGAGCGCAAAAGAUUCAAAGCGGCAUGUCGAUAAAUCUGAAGAAGAAAUGGAGCAGAAAAUCGAAUAUACUAGUUUAGAAGAUACAAACUUUACCGAGAAUCCACAAAGCGCAGUCGAAACGGAAUCGAUGGAAGUUACCCACGUUUCAGAAGAGAAAAAGUCCAAUGAGGAAUUCUUCUCGAGAGAAUACGAAACUUCGGACAACGACGAAUCCAACGCGAAUACGAAAGAGGAGAAGCUGGAAGUGAGCUCAGAAGAGACACCCAACAAGAUUUCCUCCUCUCACGAAGCCGCGAUUUCUUCUCGCGAGGAUGAUUCCGAAGAGUCGUUUCAUGGCGAAGAGUCGAGCGAGAAAAUAAGCGCUAAUGAUUCGAACGAAGAGGAAUAUUCAACUAUGAAAAACAGCCAAGAGACAAAUUACAAAGAAUCAAACGAGUAUCCGGAUACAAUGGAUUCAUCCGCGGAAAAUUCGCGUGACCAGGAAAAUUACAGAGAAUCGGAAAGCACCGAAGAAUAUACAACGUCCAUUGAUUAUGCGAACUCCGAGGAAUACAACGAUUCUCAGGAGGACGUUACGGAUUCGAUCGAAGACACUGAAGGCAGCACUGAAGGUAUCUUAAAAUUUACGGACGAAUUACCGAGGUCGUACGAUGGGGACAACGAGGCGGAGACAAAGAGAACGUUGGAAUCCGACGAUGCGCACGAUUAUAUCGAUGACAAUUACGAGCCGGAAAAUUACAAAGAGAUGGAAACUGCGACUGAAUCGAACGAUUCUAAGGAGGGGAAAAUCGAGGAGAUAGACGGAGAAAAGGGAGACGCAGUGUCGAAGGAUCUCGAGACACAUCGGAUUGACGAUGAAGCGGAAACGCAGACGGAACAUGCGGGAGAGGGUAUCACGGAAAUGGUGAGUCUCGAAGAAGUCACAAAUUUUCCCACGAUUUUGUCGACUGCUGCAACAGCAUCCAGCACGACAGUGUCUACCACAACGAUGUCGUCGACGAGUACAACAACUACGACUACGACUACGACUACGACUACGACUACGACUACCCCUCGACCGACGACUACCACUACUCGUCCCACAUCACCGAAACUCUUCAAACCCGUCGGGAACAGAAGAAUUUACGCUUACACACCGCCUACGACGACUCCGAUUCCAGUCGUGAUUAAAUCGAGGAUGGGCCUGUUUAAUCCGAAACCGGCGAAACCGCCCAAGUCCUACAACGACUUGGCGCCAAAGCCGGUGAUCAGGAAGCUCACUUUGACACGCAAACCUAUUACCACCACCGCAGCUACUAUUGCGAUUACUACUACGGAGAAGCUGAAUAUGGAAAGUCCGACGAAACAUACGACGGAGCCCAUAACAACAAUGACGAUGACAACUGUGAUGACGACGACGACAGAAUCUGGCAGAAGCGAGGAGAACGUUCUCGAGAGUAAGCUGGAGGCGAACGAACCUAUAUCCGUUGAUCUCUCCGCGAAGAGUGAUCAGAUAAACAAGCAGGAUCAACUCUCAAGUUCAACCGAGCAAAAUUCCCCCGUCAACUCUUCGAAGGAUGCUGAUUCACGGAUCUCGACCAAAGAGAUCGAGACCUCUACUCUCUUGUCUAGACUGACUACCCUCGCGUCGUCUUCUGUCGAGCAGACAACGAUAGAUGUGAAAAUGGAACCGCAGGAAACUACGGAAAGGGUCGAUAUCUCCGCGACGACCUCUCUGCAUCUGACGACGUUGCCCCUUAAAAAGUCAUAUACCGAAUACAGCGAGACGAGUACCGACAAGUACCCCGAGGAAGCGGAGACCACGAUAACUUCCGCCAAAAACCAUCAAAAAUACGUUACCGAAACUUCUUCGGUUCUCGCCGAACAAUCGACGCCAGUUUCGACGAUUCCGACCUCGAUGAUUCCGACUUCGACGAUUUCGACCUCGACAAUUCCGACCUCGACGGCCCCGACCUCGACGAUUCCAAUCUCGACGGCCCCAACCUCGAUUAUUUCGACCUCGACGAUUCCGACCUCGAUUAUUUCGACCUCGACGACCGUCCAGCUCAAAGUUGAAGAUGCCGAUUCGACGACAGAAUCAGCGAUCCAUCGGCCGAGCGGCCGAAAGUUCGCGGUAUCGCGGAAGCACGCGAGCUUCAAUUGCCUGGAGAAGGAGAUGUAUCGCUUCUACGGCGACGCUAGGGAUUGUCGAUUGUUCCACUAUUGCUCGCCCGGCUUCACCGCGCGUCAGGUGCUGGACUUUCGGUUCGUAUGCGAGGAGGGUACGGCGUUCGACGAGGAGACGCAGAACUGCCGUCACGACGUGCGUAAUCGGAACUGCCGGAAUCGGUCCUGGUGAGAGCCGUGUCUCCUUCCCUUCCCGUCUUCGAAGCUUCCUCGACACUCUCGAUCCCGUUGAUUUUGGUAAUUCGUGAAUCCUUCAUAGGACUCUCCGUAGUGUAUUUAUAAUUCUUCUUUUUUUUUUAACGCGCAGUACACGUAAGCAUAUACCCCGAAGAAGAAGAGGGGGGAAUACCCCUCUUCUCCUAAGCCCCAUUGCCAUAGCGCCCCUCGCGCUGGAUUCACACUUAUUAAAGUUAAUGUCGAUUCAAUCGGCUCGCGAUUGCUGAUUGGGCCAGGUGAGAAGCGAGGAAGCGCGUCACGCGUCGGUGCAGCUGAUUUGCGUGCGUGCACCUGUCAAACAAUCGCACGGCACUGUUAGCGUUUAAGUCAGAGAGCGAAGAAUAAUCGGUUCCUACGUUGUUCCCGAGAGGCGCGAGAGAGAGACUUUAAGCGAGGACAUUACGAUCACACACGAUCGUAAAGUAGUUCUUCUCAUCCUUUUCACGCGACUGAUUCAAUGACGCGCGGAUUUUGUAAACACGUUGCCGAAUAUUGCCGAGGAUAUCUACGCCCACGAUUACUCUCGUUAUUCUUAGCACCUCGCUCGAUAGCGUGAUAUUUAUAUUGACGUUUUCCGGAAGUAGCCGCCUUUUUCCCGAUCAAAGAGAUAAUUUUAUUCGAUAUCGAGAUAAAAUGUUAAAUAUAUUUUUGAUAAAAUAUACGCGCUUCUGCAUCCAGGUCAACUCUCGUCAUGGAUCAAUAAUCAGAACGUGUGUAAUAUACGUUUAAAAAUGUAUGAAAAUAUUUUUAAUUGAAAUAUCUUGACACAGAAUAUCACUUGCUUUUGAUAAGUAUUUUAUAUAAAAUUUUAUUUCAUGUAUGUAAUUAAUUUUCUUUUUUUGUAAGAAAUUUUUAUAAAAAAUUUUUUCAUAAAAUUUUACUUCGUAUAUAUAAUUAAUAUUAUUUUAAUUGUCGCGUAUAAAAUGUGCCUACGGAUAAAAUAUCGCAGAUAUAAACGCUCAUCUACGUUUGUUCUACUUGUAUCAAUUCCUCGAAAUCAACUUCUCGUAGUACCAAAAAGUGCAAUAAGACGUAACAUCGUUGCUCAAGCAUCUUUUAGAUAUGAAUUUAGCUCGAUAAAGCAUAGAUAUCUCGAAGUAACGAGCGUGCAAGACGCAUAGUCGAUUUAACAAAUGCGUUACGUUACAUGUAAGAAAAUCGAAGAAAGAAAAAUUGCGACUUACAGUUCGCAAUUUAUUUUAAUAUGCGUAUAUUUGAUAAUAUUCACUUUACUAUUCGGCAUAUAUCGUAAAAAAAAACGCUGAUUGCAACAAAGAAUUUGAGUAAUUUUUCAUACGUGUAUUGAUAAUUUCCUACUAUUAAUUAACGCGCUUUAAUUAUGAGUGAAAAUGAGUGCGCCUCAGCCGUAGAUAAAUAUAUAUUAUAUAAAUAUAUAUUUUUACGGAUUUCCUUUCUUUUUUAUUCCGAACCAUCCAGCGAUUUAGAUAGAAUCUAGGAAAUUUGUGCGUGUCGCCGAAAUGAGCGUGUGACUCGUUGAUAAUUUUCACAUAUGUACAUAUUGCGUGCACGCAAUGACGCAUAAUAUUCGAGAAAAAUUAUAGCCACUAUAUUUUGUAAGCAAUUGUACUAUGUCAAUAAUAAUUAUAUAUUCUAUACGCACACGU